CUACAACCUAAAUCUAGCAUGGUAAAUAAUAGUGCAUGCUGUAGAAAUUUGUUGUGAAUAGUUUUUAUUUUGUGACCUGCUUUUCUAUUGAUUAAAAUGAACAAGGGUCGUCUGAGAAAUCUCGCUGCGACGUCCAAAACAGUGACCAAGGGUGGUGUGAGAGAGACAACAGACAAGGAGGGCGGGGAUGACUUUGACCAGUUCUUGAAGGGGAAAAACCUCGUUCGGCCAGAUGACCAGCUGGAUCUAACAGAUAAGGAUCUCCAAGAGGAGAUCGCCCGCAUGCUGACCACCAACAACCCUCUGUUGCCAGACAGCAUGGUCGAGUACAGUUUCAAGGAGCGGAUGUUUGUGCCGACUCCUCAGCCGCCCCACAUGAUCACGCUGCUGGAUAUGGAAGGAACAUGCCUUCACAAGGAGAGCCAGGAGGCUAUAGAACAGAUGGAACAGGAAGGCGGAUGGGACGGAGGUCUGGGAGUGAUCGCAGCCCCUUCCCAAGGUUCAGUCGCGGGAGACGUACCGGCGCUGUUGGAUGAACAAGAAGAAGGAGAAGCAGGGGAGGAGGAAGUGGAGGGGGAAGUAGUGGGAGAAGCAGACCUUGGCGAAGAGGGGGAGGGGGAAGACGCUGAUGAAGAGAAGAUAGACGUAGUUGUGGAGAAAAGCGGCGCGUCCCCCAGACCAGGGAAGUCUAAGAAACUGACAAACCAGUUCAACUUCUGCGAGAGAGCGGCUCUCACGUACAACAAUCCUGAUAGAAACAUGGGAACCCAGACCAAUCCACCGCCAAGAUCCUCUUUUGCUGCGUAUAUCACUCAGUGGAUCAUCUAUGAUGCGUAUCAGGAGGAUUACGAGAACCAGCAAAAAGAAAAGGAGCGAGAGAGGAAGGAGAAGAUGCUUACGCAGCCCAAAAAAGAGGAGGUGGUUACACGCAAGAGACACGAGAAACUAGGCGUUGAUGCUGUAACAUUAAGGAUGAUCCAAGCAGCCAAAAUACUAGAACGGAUGAUUAACCAAAACACGUUCGAUGACAUUGCUCAAGAUUACAGGUAUUGGGAGGACCCAUCCGACGAGUAUAGGGACUCGGAGGGCACCUUACUACCUUUGUGGAAGUUUGCGUACGAAAAGACGAAAAAACUGAGUGUCACUGAUAUAUGCUGGAAUCCGCAUUACUAUGAUCUUUUUGGGGUCACGUUUGGUUCAUUUGACUUCAUGAAGCAGGUGACGGAAGGAUACCUUUGCCUGUUCACGCUAAAGAACCCCUCGUAUCCAGAGUACAUAAACUCAACGGACUCCGGUGUGAUGUGCCUGGACUUCCACCCGCAGCACCCCUACCUGGUGGUGGUGGGGUUGUACGACGGCAACGUGGCUGUCUACAACAUACAACUGCCGUCCAGGGAGUGCCAGUUCCAGAGCAACUCCGUCAUGAACAAGCACGGAGGCAUUGUUUGGGAGGUGUGUUGGGGUGAGGAUUUACAAGACGGUGAGAUGAACUUCUACUCAGUGUCCGCGGAUGGGAAGGUGUUCAACUGGGUGCUCAUGUUGAACGAGCUGGCUCAAACACUCGUCAUCGUCUUGUAUCUGCAAAUGGACCCGAUAAGCGGACCUGACGGGACCGUGAUUAAACUGACAGGUUGUGGAACAGCGAUUGCUUUCCACCCGAAGGACCAGCUGAUCUUCCUCGUUGGCACAGAGGAGGGGAAGAUAUUCAAGUGUAGCACAGCAUACGCGUCUCUGUAUCUGUUCACGUACAGCGCACAUCACAUGCCCGUGCAUCGGAUAGACUUCAACAGGUUUGCUCCCGAGAUCUUCAUCUCUUGCAGUGCGGACUGGAGGGUGAAGAUUUGGGAGGAUAAUAGGAGCGAGCCGUUGUUUGUGUUUGAUCUCGGCUGUGCAGUGGGAGAUGUUAAGUGGGCCCCGUACUCCAGCACGGUGUUUGCAGCUGUCACUGUCGACGGCAAAGUCCACGUCUUUGACCUGAACGUCAACAAGUACAAGGCCAUCUGUAUACAGUCGGUUGUGUCGAAGAAACGGAACAAACUGACGAGACUGGCCUUCAACUCCAAACUUCCGAUCAUCAUUGUGGGAGAUGACAAAGGUGGCAUUUCAACUCUGAAGCUAUCUCCCAACCUGCGAAUCAAACCAAAGCCUCCCAAGAAGCAAGCACACGUUGAUCAACAUACGCUGGAAAUUUGGAAACUAGACAAGCUAUUGGCAUUGGUGAGGGAGCCUCAGAAAGUGCAGCCCCCAGCAGACGUCGAGAGCACAACCUCAUAAAUAUACACUGUGGAAUGUACAGUAUUGUUGUUGAAUAUACUUUGUUUGUGAAUAUAUA